AUGUCUUAUCGUGCGAAAGAGAAGAAACCAAUCGCUUCAACUGAAUUUGUGAUGGAGUUUGAUCCCAGCCCCCUUAUGAACUACUGGUUUAUAACUUCAUUGGCUACCUGCGAUAUAAUAAUGGUAGUAAUCAGUUUAGCGCAUCUUGUGCCUGCGACGGCUUUUCAUAGUGCCUUCUUAGAUUUUCAUUCGGUUCGCAAUAUAGUUAUGAUAUUCUUCUACGAUCUUUUUUGGUAUACAGCGGUUUUACAGUUAGGACUUAUGGCAUGUAACAGAUUUGUAAGCAUAGUUUAUCCAAUGGAAUAUAAAUGGCUAUUUUCACCACGAAAAGCAUUUCUUGCAAUAUUAUUUGGUUAUGCAUUAGGCUUCGCUGUAUCCUUACCAACACUAUUCCCAUGUUGUCAUACAUUGUGGAACUCCGAUUACUACAUCACUGUCUACGAUCCUAUGAAUACCUGGUAUUAUCUUCUAUUUUCUUUGCUCAUUUCAUCACGAAGCGGAGUUUCAAUGUUGUUUGUUUGGUAUCGCGUACUGUUAGAACUGGAAUUGAAUACAGUUAAAUCAUAA